AUGCUGCCAAAAAAGAUCCCACAUGCCAAGAUUAGCGUCUUUCAGUACCAGUCACAAUGGUUUGGAAAGGGAUCUGUCGAUGAACGGAUAGAUAAUGUGGCAAACAAGCUGCUUCACAGUCUAGAUCGCUCAAGAGUAAUUCGGCUACUUUGCUUCUGGGAAGAAAACGACAGUGACCUCGUCAACUAUAUGAUCAAAGGUAUCUCGUGGCUCAAAAAGAAGGAGCGCAUUGUUGAUCAAGAUUCUGCAACCAUCGAGUCAUUUGAGAGCCUCUCCCUCAUGUCGGAUCACUUUCAACUGAACAAGUAUCCCGGACCAAAGGAUGGCAACUUCACUGCUGUAUCCGACGAGAUCAGAGAAAUAGCAAACAAAGCAGACAGUAUCAUCAAAACGCGCCAAAAUAUGCUUCGGCAAUCACAGGUAGAUGACCGCACGUACCAUAGUAUGAUAGAUGCUUUAGGAAAAGGAUUUGUGGAUAUUGAAGCAGCCAUGAAGGGCUCCUACCGGGAAGCGAAAAGCGUCAAACUCUCAUCAAUUCUGGAACUUGCCAAUUUCCAGCAAUGGAGAACUUCGGAUACCAAUCACGUUUUCUGGAUUCAUGGCAAGGCUGGAACAGGUCAAGGUGCUAUCGCAUCUUCGGCUCUCGAGUACCUAAAGCAAAGUGUUGACUACAACUCAUUAGUUGUAUCUUUUUACUGCGACCAAAGUGACAGGAUGAGGCGCACUUUGAAAGGGUUGUUACAAAUCAUUAUUCGUCAGUUGCUAGAUAUUGACCAAGACCUUGCACGCCACCUCCUCCUGGACUCUCAGGGCAGCAGAGACGUCGCGAACCAAAUAUUUGACCCGGAAGAAAUGCUGAAGAUACCUGCACUGAUAUACAUCAUUGUCUAUGGCGUAGAGCAACUAGCGGAGGAUUCAUUGGAACACUUCCUUGCAUACAUGGGAGGAGCGAUUGAGCCCACAACUGCGACCCACAAUGACGGAGAUUUUCGGCCUAUCAAAUGGCUUCUACUUAACCGCAGUGGUCGUCCGAGCAUUGAGAAAUGCUUGAAGGGCAAGGUCCCAGAAAUUGAUCUUAACGAUGCAGACAACUCCGCUCAAGUCAGCGACGACCUUAAAGCACACAUAUCUGUGCGUGUGGACGAACUUGGCCUUCCAGCUUCUUUGGCAUAUUUUGUGAAACGUCACGUUUACCUUCGCGCUGAAGACAACUGGAUUUAUGUCAGUCUCGUCGUACGAGAAUUGAAAAACGCAUGGAAACCAGGACGUACGCACUAUGCUGAGAUUAGGAAGCUGCUGGAGUCAUUCCCGUAUGGUCUCACGGACAUGUUUGAACACAUCCGAAAGCGGAUUCUCAGCCCACAAGCCGAAGGAUACGAAUACACAAAGGAGAUACUGCGUUGCCGAGUCCUAUCAUACAUAGCCCCAAUGAUGCGAGAGCUUGCCGUCAUGGCUGGAUUGCCUCAUGACGACCUAGAAGAUCUUGAGAAGCUGAAAGAAUACAUCGUGCGAUGUGGAGCGUUCCUUACCUUGAGAGGCAAUGACUGGGAUCUGGACAACAGUACUGUUGAAUGGAUCGAUAUAUCUGCUGCAGAACACCUUGCAGUAUACGCCAAGUAUGAUCUUUCGUUGGACCUCGACGAUGUGCAGCACGGUAUCAUUGCUCUACGUUCAUUGGAGUACAUUUAUCAGGCCAUCGAGGUACAGGAUGUAUCUGUCGACGAUACCGAGCAAGAAGAGAUUGAGGACGCCGUUGAUGCAGAGAACGCACUACAUGAAGAAGACACUGACACUGAUGAAUCAGACUCUGACGAUAUGAGUGAUACAUCCUCAGACCAGGGAGAUGACGAGAGCCAAGACCUACUUGAUGUCGACCUCAGAUAUCCCGUUCGUUAUUGGGUGGAACAUGCGAAACGGGCGCCGCCCGAUGUUCUCGAGGAAUUCAACUUUAACCACCCAUUUUGGCAGAAGGACUCGGAAGCUCGUCAGAAGUGGUGGAAUACUAUCCGGGAAGUACACGGUAUGGAAGGCCAGCAAGACAUUUCCUCCCUUCACGUGGCAGUGAUCCUCGAAUUUCCUGCUUUGGUUGAUCAUCUCAUAAACCUCAAUGGAACCCCCAACGUACAUGAGCAAGACUCCUUAGGUUUUCAACCUCUCUUCUAUGCUUGUAACAACGGAAACGAAGAGAUCAUCAAUAUUCUGCUUGGCGCAGGUGCAGAUGUCGAUUUCGUAAGCUCCGAUGGAAGCCCAACAGCAUUGCAUGCUGCCUGCAGGAAUGGCCACUACGAUGUUGUCAAGAUAUUACUGGACCGUAACGCUAACGUAAACUCUAUAUCUCCUGAAUAUGGAACGGCGCUCUAUGCAGCUGUUGGUAGUCUUGAUAACCGCAUUGUUGAGCUUUUGCUGGAUCGCAAUGCCGAGGUAAAUAUUCCUGGUGGACCGCAUCAACGAGCGCUGAACCUCGCCGCGUUUUCUGGAAAUAUGGAUGCGGUGCGUAUCUUGAUUGAACGGGGAGCAGACGUUGAUCCGGAUGAGGAGGGGUAUUGGUAUGGCUCUGCACUUGGUGCAGCUGUACGGCGCGGACAUGCUGCCGUGGUUCGCUAUCUUCUUUCAAAAUCGUGGGACCCGCAUCUUGACAUAGAAACCUACAAAAGUUUCCUGAGCGCUGCAGCCACCUAUAAUCACUUGGAGGUCGUUGAGAUAUUGUUGAAGGAUGAAGAACGAGUUUUGAUUCUAGAACAAGCCUUACAGGCAGCUGCUCAGAAAGGUUACGCUUCAAUCGUGGCUGCGAUAUUGAACCGGGUUUUAGAGCUCUCGUCUUGCUCGCUAAGACAUCAGAGGUCAUUCUCACUAGCGGCUUUCUACGGUAGAACGGAGGUCUUGAGAUUGCUGCAUUGUACGAAGCUACCGACAACAAACAUCUGGAGACAGUUAAGCUUCUUUUGGAGUUCGGUGCGGACCCCAACGUCGAAGGUCCUAUGUAAGUGUGCCAAGCAAGUAUUAUAA